CCUUCCCAUUCUUUGCGGCCCGUGGCCACGUGUUCCCUUGUCGCCCUUUGGAUUUUCCCCCUUAGGCAGGAGGCGCGCUUGGUACUCAUUCACUUCUUGCCUCACCUUGGGGGUGACGAGGGGCGCCGCGUGACCCUCCUCUUGGCGCUCGCAGCUGCUGGAAGAGAGUAUAUGUGAUUGUGCAAGAGACUGUGUGCGUUUGUGCGAGAGACUGACUGACCCAGCCAGCGCCGGGCGCUGAGCUCUGCGGUCCGCGUCGUCCAGGAGAACUUCAGUUCUUCAAAAGUAUUGGAAAAUUGCCCCAGUCAGCUUUUCUCCAUUCAGGGUCUCGGUUUCACUUGUUUGAUUGGACCCAUGUUUUCCUUCUACGUAUACCUAUGACCUCUUUAGAUGACGCCUACUCGUUUUCUCUCUGUACUUUUGGGAGUACAGAAAUGAUGAGUUAUGCCACGCGGCCGGCUGCAUGCAGAGUGUAUUUAUACAGAUUUGCCUGUCAUGUCAUGACCUUCCCAACUCAUUUUACCUUCAACGAGUUUUAGUCCUUUGAAUUUCCCAUCCCUUACCAAAUUGAACUGUCAAGUAAUUACUUCCAAAAGUGAUAACCUUGUAACUUAAACUAAACUGGUGUGAUAUCUUUGUUAGGAUUAUCGGUGGAAGAACCAGGGUCUGUUUUUUAUUGCCCCAUAUACGUUUUUUUACGCUGGAAGGUUUAUAAUUUAACAUUGUUGAGAAUGCUGAUAGGCUAUCUUGAUAACUAAGAUUAGAUUGUCCAUUAAAGUGAUUGCUAGCAUAAUCCAUGAAAAAAAUGUAUUUCUUCAACCUGUUCCAGAUUUCAGAAAAUGUUAUGCAAUUCUGGUGACUGAAGCAAUCAAUUAUCUGUUAGCUACAAAGAGUUUGGAGGUUUUUUUUGGUUAGCAAAUGUUAGGCAUAAUAACAUGUUAUUGAAAUUAAUCUUUAGCACCCUUUACAAUCACUGUUGAGAAUAUAUAAAUAUUUUUAUAAUUGUAGGUGGAAAACAUGAUUUAAUUCUGGUUUUGAAAGAGCAAGUUUCUUGCAUUUUUGCUUGCAUGAAUGUUUUUAUUUUCCAAUCUUAUUUUCAGUUCUGAUUCUAUUCAGUCUCUUCAAAACACCUGAAGAAGGCUUAUGCCAACUAUGGAAUUCAGCCAAUGCUGAAUAUUUUAAGAACAAGAAGAACUUUACGUAAGGAAGCCAGACUAAAUAAACGAGGACUUUCUGGAUCUGGUCUUUUUACGGUCUUGGUCUUCCCAACUGAACAUGAGUGUAAUAUAUUAUAGCUUGUAUUUUUGGGUGGCUUGCUAUAAAAGUUACAUAAACAUAACUUUUCUAAAAAUUAUAGCACUCUUAUUUUUGGAUUGUAACUUGGAAGAUAUGAAGAAAGCGUCAAAGAACUGAAAGAUGUGGGAGAAAAGCUCCCAGCUAUGUACUUGAGCCUAUUUUUAUUGCACUGAUAGCUUUUUUUUUUUUUUUUAAGGCCCUUACAAUAAAUCUUAAACCCAAUGGUAAUUUGAAAGAAAGUUUCCUAACAAGGCUCACUUAGUGUUUAUUCUCCAAAUACUGCCCCUGGGAAAGGGAGAGAGGAAGAUUAGGAGGGACCUGAUAUUUGAACUGUAUUUUAUUUAAUCCUCCAAAUAAGCCUGUGAAGGAAGUACUUGUUAUGCUUCUUAGGUGGGAAAACUGAGGGAUACAUAAGCAGCCCUAGGUCACAUAAGAGCCCUGGUGGUGCAGUGAUUAAGCACUCGGCCACUAACCAAAGGGUCAGCAUUUUGAACCCAUCAGCUGCGGCAGAAAGAUGUAGCAAUCUGUUUCCGUAAAGAUUACAGCCUUGAAAACCCUAUAGGGCAGUUCUACUCUGUUCCGUAGGGCUGCUGUGAGUCAGAGCCGACCCUGUGCCCAUGGGGUUUAGGUCACGUAGGUAGUACGUGGUCAGAGCAGGUUCCAUUGCAGGUGGAAGACCCUGAAAGAUCAUGGGUGGGUCAUGUUCCCUCCAUCAGAUGGGCUCAACUUAGAAUUAAGGGAAACUACAAAAUUGACUUGAUGGCAGCGGGUUUGGUUUUUUUGGUUUACCCACAUGGAAUCGUGUGACGGAGAGCUGGCAGGACCUUUAGAGCCACUGAGGUGCAAUGUGGAAUAAGGGGGAGGGCACUCUCUGGGGGAGACCCAUGUUCCUAGGUCUCCUCUGUCCCACUGCUUUGUUUAACCUGGGCAGGCCCCAUUUCAACCCCUGCCUACCUGGGUGAUAUAAACUCUGUACCCUUCUGCUCAGCAUGAAGAUGUGACAGUAUAACGUUAGCAGUUUCAUCCAAACCCUUUGUUUUUCUAAACCGAGGGCUGGAGAGUUUGAUAGCAGUAAAACUUGCCUUCUGUCUUCUAAGAGAAGCCUUGUUCGUCUCUACCAGGGGUGUGCAAACUUUAUCUGUCAAAAACCAGACAGUAAAUAUUUUAGAUUUUGCCCUCCAUAAGGUGUCCCUCCCAACUACUCAACUCUUCCAAAGUAAGAGUAGCCAUGAGUAGUACGCAAACAAAUGAUCAUGGCUAUGUGCCAAUAAAAUUUUACUUACGGACAUUGAAAUAUAAAUUUCAUAUAAUUCUCGUGUGUGACAAAAUAUGACUCUUCUUUUGAUUUUUUCCCCCAACCAUUUAAAAAUGUAAAAGCCAUGCUUAGUUUGCAGGCCAUGGAAAAUUAGGUGGCCUACUGGAUUUGGCCCGUGGGCCAUGUUGACCUUUUCUCUGCAACUACUACCUCCCACUUGAAAGACAAAUCAUUAUGAUAUAGUGGGAAAUCACAUCUCUUCAAGUAAGUCCUGGUUCUGUCAUCAGCCACCCAGUUUUGAACAAGGCCCUUCAUCGUCUACAAAUGGAGGUUCUUUGCCUAUAAAAUCGACCAGGGUGAAGGUAGAUGGGGAAUUGAACUGAUUUAUAAGAUUCCCUUGUAUAUUCCCGUGAAUUUACAAAGUAAAGGCAGCAUGGUGUGCUGGGACAGAGUGUCGAAGUAGGAGUUUCAAGGUCUGAAUUUUGGCCCUGGUCCUUCUCUAAUUUGGAGCAAGUCAUUUAAAAUCUUAGAAAAUAGUGGAGGUUUGGGUUAAUUGGUAUCUGAGGUUCCAUCUAGUUCUCAGAUACUGUACUUUAAAAUCACAACGUUGUUAAUAUAAAUGAAUCAUUUCACUCCAUAGAUACUGGUGAACUGCUUGUAUAUGUCAUGUUUCCUGCCCUGGAAGAGCUCACAGUCAGUGGGGAGGGUAGAUUCAGUGCAGAAUAUAGUAGUGUCAUUGUGAGGGUCCAUACAGAGUGGGUUGGACUCCUGGUCCAUCUAGAGUAAGAUUGAGGAUAUGGUGGAGUUUGAGGGUGGCUUCCCAAAGAAGGUGACACCUGAACUGUACUAGAAAGGCAAGCAAGGAUGACUUGACCAGGGCUUCACAUUUAGAAGGAAAACGAUGGUAUUAAAAUAGCUCAACUUACUGUAAUGAUUAAGAAUUUAAGGCUUGGUUACAUUUUUUAUAAACUUAGCGUGUCUUUAGAGACCUGGUGAUGCAGUGGUUAAGAGCUUGGGUGCUGAUCAAAAGGUCAGCAGUUCAAAUCCACCAGCCGCUCCUUGGAAAUCCUAUGGGGGAGCUCUACUCUGUCCUAUAGGGUCUAUGAGUUGUAAUCCACUCAAUGGCAGUGGGUUUAUGGAUUACCCUAUCUUUGUAUAAACCAAAAACAAACAAACAAACCCAUUGCUGUUAAGUCAGUUCCGACCCAGUGACCCUAAGGACAGCGUAGAAAUGCCCCCAUAGGGUUUCCAAGGCUGUAAUCUUUACAUGGAGCAGCUGGUGGGUUUGAACCACUGACCUUUCAUUUAGCAGCUGAGUACUUAACCACUGCACCACCAAGGCACCUCUUAUCUUUGUGUUUUUAAAGAAUAGAUUGCAUUUAAAGAUUUGUAUUGAUUUUCCCUAUUUGAUUAUUGUUUAAUGAUAUUCCUAGUUUGUUGUUUUGACUAUACUUGUCAUUUUCUCUUUCAUCCUCAUACUUUUGCUUUAUCAAUACUUUAUGCAAAUUCAUCUUAUUUACAUAUACAAGAAACUGUCACUCAAUGGCAAAUGUCAUGGCAACAACACCGCUUCUCCUCCCUCAAGAGAGGUCAGUGAUACAGGGCUGCUUUGAAUCAGUGGAAAGACUGAAACUGGCAGGAUCUCAAAAAAAUUUUUUUUUUAACGAACAUCAAUCUUGUGAAGUAUAUGUAGAAUAGCCUUUGUUAUUCUCCCAUUUUGCUUAUAAGAAAACUGAAGUGUAAAAGGUUAUAUUCAUUAAGGUUAAACGAUUUAAAGUUGAUACUGGGAACCUGAAGCACACUUUUCCUUGGAAACAGUAUUACAGAUGGUAGGUAGAUUCUGGGACUAGCUUAUAAAAGCCUUGUUAACUCAGGGUACUCCGAGUAUGGAACCCAGUCACCAUUUUAAACAUUGUUGGUAUGGAAAAUUAUGCUCCUUGAACCCAGCUUUGAGUACCCUUUUCCUGUGACAGAAUCAGUAGCUUCUGCUUUGAUUUAGUAUUGUAAGCAUCUUGGCAAGAUGUUGGAGCAUCACCUUUGACAUCUGGUGGUGGUGAGGUAGGGGACAAAGAAAAUACUGGAAAGCUGAAGCUGCGGGGUGAAGAAGGGUGCUCGGUGAAGAGGAAGGUGGAUGCGAUGGCAGCAGUUUCCAUUAACAGUCUCACCCCUUUCAACUCCAUUCCCUUUCCCCUCCUAUCCUCUUUAUGGCCCUGGGCCAUCUUGCUGAGAUAAGACCAAAUGGCCAUUGCUCUGCUCAAGGCUACCUCACUCCUUCUCAGUGGGCACAUGGAUUAGAUUGACUUCUUUUCUGUGUCACCCGCCAUUACAUCACCACUAUAUCAUCUUUCUGGCUCUCUGCAAACUGCAAUCCCUUACUCAGACUUUGACCCCCUAGCAACAGUGGGUGAAGAAAACAUGGGCUGGUUGAAAUUUAAAGAACUUAACUGCGGUACUCAUCCAUAUUAUUUUCCCACUUUACUUAGGCUCGUGAUCAAAGUGGCCUGCUUAUGCCGUAUCGCUGGAGAGGCAUCUGUCCUCCCUGGGCUUCAGUUCCACUUGUCUCCACAAAGCCCUUUAGGUCUUCCAGUCUUAUCUGGUAACGAAGCAAAACAAAACCCUCACAUCGUGUCUGUCCCGAACUGUGAAGUUCUUGAAAUUUGUCCAUCCUACUUCUGUAUUUUCUACUUUCAAAUCCAGCGGGGCUUUUGUAUAUAUUGUCUCGUACACUUUAGGGGGGAGGAUGAAGUCUUUAUUUCCUAAAUGGUGUUUCCCAUGGACCAGUUUAAAAAAAAAAAAUUGGAGGACUGACCUGAUUGUCAACCUUUUAAUUUUUCCAAGUAAGGAUAUUAUAAAUACAGAAAGAAAAACUGUAUAACCAGCUAUCUAUUGCCAUGAUUUCUUAAAAAGAAAAGACAGUUUUAGGUUAAACAAACUAGAGAGGGCAUAACCAUAGACAGGAGUCCCUGGGUGAUGCAAACAGUUAUUCUUCCCGCUGCUAAUAAAGCUUGGAGGUUUGAUUUCAUGCAGAGGUACCUCGGAAGAGAGGCCCGAUGAUCUGCAUCUGAAAAGUCAGCCGUUGAACACCUUAGGGAGCACAGUUCUACUGACACACAUGCGGUUAUGAUGAAUCCUAUUCAACUCUGCAGCACCUGGUUAACCUUAGCAUACAGUAGUAAGGUUAGGUUAGGAGGAGAGAGGGAAGGUUGAAAGAGGUGAAAUUGUUAAAAGAACUCCCGCUGGCAUCACCUACCCCUUUGCUGAGUCUCUUCCUAUCCUUUUUUUUUUUUUGAUUGUACUUUAGAUGAAGGUUUACAGAACAAACUAGCUUCUCAUUAAACAGCACACGUUUUGUGACAUUGGUUACCAACCCCAUGACAUGUCAACACUCUCCCUUCUUGACCUCAGGUUCUCUAGUAUCAGUUUUCCUGUCCCCUCCAGCCUUCUAGUCCUUGCCCCGGGGCUGGUGUGCCCCUUUAGUCUGGUUUUGUUUUAUGGGCCUAUCUAAUCUUUGGGUGAAGGGUGAACCUCAGGAGUAACUUCAUUACCGAGCUAAAAGGGUGUCCGGGGGCCUUACUCUCAGGGUUUCUCCAGUCUUUGUCAGGCCAGUGAAUCAGGACUUUUUUGUGAGUUAGGAUUUUGUUCUACAUUUUUCUCCAGCUUUGUCUGGAACCAUCUAUUGUGAUCCCUGUCAGAGCAGUCAGUGGUUGUAGCCAGGCACCACGUGGCUGUACUGGACCCAGCCUGGUGGAGGCUGUGAUAGUUGUGGUCCAUUAGUCCUUUGGGCUAAUCUUUCCCUUGUAUCUUUGGUUUUCUUCGUUCUCCCAUGCUCCUGAUAGGAUGAGAUUAGUGGAGUAUCUUAGGUGGCCGCUCACAAGCUUUUAAGACCCCAGAUGCUACUCACAAAAGUAGAAUGUGGAACAUUUUCUUUUUAAACAAUGUUAUGCCUUUUGAGCUGGAUGUUCCCAGAAACCAUGGUCCCCGCAGCCCUCAGCCCAAUAAUUCAGUCCCUUAGGGACUUUGGAUGUGUCUUUGGAGCUUCGAUGACCUUGCCUUAUACAAGUCGUGCUGGCAUCCCCGGUAUUGUGUAGUGUCUAACUCUUCGUCAAAGUUACCACUUAUCUUUCGUUUAUUUAAUGCUUUCCUAUCCCCACCACUCUCCUCCCUUGUAACCAUCAAAGGUUCUUUUUGUGGGUAAACCUUUCUAUGAGUUUUUAAAGUAGUGGUCUCAUACAAUAUUUGUCCUUUUAUGAUUGACUUAUUUCACUUAGCAUAAUGCCCUCCAGAUUAUCCAUGUUGUGAGAUGCUUCGGAGAUUCAUCACUGUUGUUUACCAUUGCAUAGUUCUUCAUUGUGCGUAUGUACCAUAGUUUGUUUAUCCAUUCAUCUGUUGAUGGGCAUCUAGGUUGUUUCCAUCUUUUUGCUAUUACGAACAAUUGUGUAGUAAAUAUGGAUGUGCAUAUGUGUAUUGAUGUGAUGGCUCCUAUUUCUCUAGGAUAUAUUCCUAGGAAUGGGAUUGCUGAAUCAUAUGGGACUUCUAUUUCUAGCUUUGUAAGGAAGUACCAUAUUGUUUUUCAAAAUGGUUGUACCAUUUUGCAUUCCCACCAGCAGUGCAUAAGAGUUCCAAUCUCCCUGCAGCCUCUGCAACAUUUAUUUUCUGUUUUUUUGCUUUGUGCCAGUAAUGCUUGGGUGAGAUGGUAUCUCACUGUGGUUUUGAUUUGCAUUUCUCUAAUGGCUAGUGGGAAACCCUGGUGGUGCAGUGAUUAAGAGCUACGACUGCUAACCAGAAGGUCUGCUAACCAGAAGGUCAGCAGUUGGAACCCACCGGGCACUCCUUGGAAACCUUAUGGGGCAGUUCUACUCUAUCCUAUAGGGUCGCUAUGAGUCAGAAUCGACUCGAAGGCAAAGGGUUUUGUUUGGUUUUGGUAAUGGCUGGUGAUCGUGAACAUUUCUUCAUGUGUCUGUUAGCCACUUGAAUGUCUUCUUUGAUGAAGUGUCUGUUCAUUUCCUUUGUCCAUUUUUUAAUUGGAUUAUUUGUCUUUUUGUUGUAGAGGUAUUGGAUUUUCCUGUAGAUUUUAGAGAUUAGACCUUUGUUGGAUUUGUUAUAGCCAAAUUUUUUUUCCCAGUCUGUAGGUUCUCUUUUUACUUUUUUGAUGAAGUCUUUUGAUGAGCAUAAGUGUUUAAUCUUUAGAAGAUCCCAGUUAUCUAUCUUAUCUUCUGGAGUUUGUAUGUUGUUAGUUAUGGUUUAUAUCCUAUAAGUGCCCUGUUUUAGGGCCUCUAGUAUUGAUCCUAUUUUUUAUUCUAUGAUCUUUAUAAUUUUUUAUAUUUACAUCUUUGAUCCAUUUUUUUUUGUGUAUGGUGUGAGGUAUGGGUCCUCUUUCAUAUUUCUGCAGAUGGACAUCCAAUUUUGCCAGCACCAUUUGUUAAAAAGACUCUUUUCCCCAUUUGGUGGACUUUGGGCCCUUGUCAAAGAUCAGGUGACCAUAGGUGGAUGGAUUUACAUCUGGGUUCUCAAUUCUGUUACAUUGGUCAAUGUAUCUGUUGUUGUACCAGUACCAGGCUGUUUUGACUACUGUAGCUGUAUAAUAGGUUCUGAGGUCAGGUAGUGUGAGUCUUCCUACUUUAUUCUUCUUCUUUAGUAGUGCUUUACUUAUCUGGGACCUCUUCCUUCUCCAUAUAAAGUUAGUGAUUAGUUUUUCCAUCCCUUUAAAUAAUGUUGUUGGUAUUUGAAUCAGGAUUGCUUUGUAUGUAUAGAUUGCUUUGGGUAGAAUCUUCAUUUUCACAAUGUUGAGUCUACCUAUCCAUGAGCAUGGUAUAUUUUUCCAUUUAUGUUUUUUUUUUUGGUUUGUAUAGGUCUUUUACAUCCCUGGUUAGAUUUAUUCCUAAGUAUUUUGUAUUUUUAGGGGCUAUUAUAAAUGGUAUUGUUUUCCUGAUUUCCUUUUCAUCAUUCUAUUUAUUAGUGUAUAGGAAUCCAACUGAUUUUUGUAUGUUUAUCUUGUAUCUUGCCACUCUGCUGAAUCUUUCUAUUAGUUCCAGUAGUUGUCUUGUGGAGUCUUUUGAGUUUUCUAUGUAUAGUAUUAUAUCAUCCAUUUCUUACUCAUCUAGUGCUGCUAUAACAGAAAUACCACAAGUGAAUGGCUUUAACAAAGAGACGUUUAUUCUUUCACAGUCUAGUAGGCUAAAUGUCCGAAUUCAAGACAUCAGCUCCAGGGGAAGGCUUUCUCUUUUGGUCAGCUCUGAAAGAAGGUCCUUGUGAUGCAUCAGUCUUCCCUUGGUUUGGGAGCAUCUCAGCUCAGGAACCUCAGGUCCAAAGGUCAUGCUCUGCUUCUGGCAGCUGCUUUCUUGGUAGUAUGAGGUCCCCAACUCUCUGCUUACUUCCCUUUCUGUUUAUCUCUAGAGAGAUAAAAGGUGGUGCAGGCCACACCCCAGGGAAACAUCCUGUAUAUCGGAUCUGGGAUGUGACCUGGUAAGAGCCGUACAAUCCCACCCUAAUUCUCUUUAACAUAAAAUUACAAUCAUAAAAUGGAGGACAACCACAGAAUACUGGGAAUCAUGGCCUAACCCAGUUAAUACAUUUUUGGGGGGACAUAAUUCAACCCAUGAUCAUCCACAAAUAGGGACAGUUUUACGUCUUCCUUACCAAUGUGGAUGCCCUUUAUUUCUUUUUCUUGCCUAAUUGCUCUAGCUAGGACUUCCAGCACGGUGUUAAAUAGGAGUAGUGAUAAAGGGCAUGCUUGUGUCGUUCCUGUUCUCAAGGGGAGUGUUUUCAGCUUCUCUUCUUUAAGAGUGACGUUGGCUGUUGGUUUUGAAUAGAUACUCUAUUAUACUUAUUUUACUGAGAGUUUUUAUCAGAAAUGCCUUUUCUGCUUCGAUUGGGAUGAUCAUGUGUUUCUUUUAUUUUAAGUAUGUGAUAGAUUACAUUGAUUAAUUUUCUAAGAUUAGACCAUACCUUACAUAGCUGGAUGAAUCCUACUUGGUUGCGGUGUAUUAUUUUUUUGAUAUGAUGCUGAAUUCUAUUGGCUAGAAUUUUGUUGAGAAUUUUUGCAUCUGUAUUCAAGAGAGAUAUUAAUCUGUACUUUUUUUUUUUUUUGUGGUGUCCUUUGCCUGGUUUUGGUAUCAGGGUUAUGCUGGCUUCAUAGAGUGGAAUUCUGAAGUAUCACUUUCCUCCUAUUCUUUUUUCUCCCUGAAGCCUCAGCCUUCCAGUCCUUUCUUUUUACAUACAGGAUAUGUAUGAAAAAGUCACUAUUAUUUCCUUAACCCGGCAUUUCACCACGGGUGAGUAAAAACGUUAUCAUGCCAGUCAACACUGCAGUGUUUGAGAAUCUCAAACAGCUCCUCCCUGCCUUUGAAUCAUUCUGCUUUCAUACCAGAAGCAAGUGUUAGUUACAUUAUCAAAAGAACAAACAUACAAGCUCAUAAGAAAAAACUCCGGACAGGAAGGGAUUUAAAAAAAAAAUCCUAGUGGUACCCCACAGGUGGGUUUUCUCUGGAGUUUUUACAUUUUGCUGGCAUGCCAUUGGGGCAGCUGUUGGCGACCCCAUACGAACCCAGAGCACUGUGCUUCCUCUUGCUUUCUAGGAUAAGUUGUCAGUUGAGGCAAAAUUAUAAUUUCCCCAGAAGAGCUUUGCUAGAAAAUUGGGGGUAAGCAAAACUAAAAUGAAAACCUGGAAGCACAAAAAUAGGUUUGUUUUUAGAGCACCCAUUUCUUACUGUAAAUAGUCAACUACAGCUUGUCAUGGCUGGCACUGCUUCCCUGCUCCUUGGCUCAUGGUUUCUUCCCUCAACUUGGUCAUCUUUGGUCUGCGUGAGACAAUCUUUAGUUGGCAGUGUUAGCUGGUUCCACCUCUAGGUGAAGCUCAUUUAUUAGUGCCCAGUGUGGUCUUGUCUCACCAGUGGAUGCUGGUGCCAGCCUGCUGAGAGUUCUUGCUACAGGUCAGUAGUUCCCCUCUGGUGGCUACAGAACUGCCCCUGCUUCCUGUUUCAGAGGCCUAGUUAGAGGCCUGUUCAGUUCCUGUUUCUGGUUGCAGAGAAAAUUGGUUUGCAGCCUCUUUGUGGAGCUAUGGGAGAUUGACGAGCACAAUGAACGUGCAAGUCUUUUCACUUUCGGUAUCAACUAUUUCUUCUUGGCAAGUACUUGCCUGAAGUAGUCCCUUCAAACACCACUCCAAACCAGGAAUACAGCCAUAGGGAAAUGCAUUAUUUGGUCAGUGACUGUAGAGAUGAUAGUCAGCUGUGAAAGGAUAGCCCCUCCCUGAAGGCAGUUGUAGGGCACCUUAUCACACUCUGCCCUUUCCACCACCCAUGGGGUUUUCGCUAUGCCUUCAGAACAUGCCAGCAGCUUCUCCACUCUGCACUGAGGCAACAUGAGCACUGGAAGUGUGGUGGGAGCAGGCAGUGUUACAGGAUCCCGCAGCUGUUGGAUGUCAGGAAGAAAUGAGGAACCUGCAGCUUUGGGAAAGGUGUAUCUUGCAGGCAGCCUUGCCUUCCUGUAAUUUGGACAUAGAUAUCGCUGUGGUGGAGAUGAGUGACGCCUUCCGGCAGCCGUCCUUGUUUUACCACCUUGGGGUGAGAGAAAGUUUCAGCAUGGCCAACAACAUCAUCCUCUACUGUGAUACUAACUCGGACUCUCUGCAGUCACUGAAGGAAAUCAUUUGCCAGAAGAAUACUAUGUGCACUGGGAACUACACGUUUGUUCCUUACAUGAUAACGCCACAUAACAAGGUCUACUGCUGUGACAGCAGCUUCAUGAAGGGGUUGACGGAGUUGAUGCAACCAAAUUUCGAGCUGCUUCUUGGACCCAUCUGCUUACCUCUUGUGGAUCGUUUUAUUCAACUCUUGAAGGUGGCACAAGCAAGUUCUAGCCAGUAUUUCCGGGAAUCUAUCCUCAAUGAUAUCAGGAAAGCUCGUAAUUUGUACACUGGUAAAGAAUUGGCAGCUGAGUUGGCAAGAAUUCGGCAGCGAGUAGACAAUAUUGAAGUCUUGACGGCAGAUAUUGUGAUAAAUCUCUUACUUUCCUACAGAGACAUCCAGGAUUAUGACUCUAUUGUGAAGCUGGUAGAAACAUUAGAAAAGCUGCCAACCUUUGAUUUGGCCUCCCAUCAUCAUGUGAAGUUUCAUUACGCAUUUGCACUGAAUAGGAGAAAUCUUCCUGGUGAUAGAGCAAAAGCUCUUGAACUUAUGAUUCCUCUUGUGCAGAGUGAAGGGCAAGUUGCUUCAGAUAUGUAUUGCCUGGUGGGUCGAAUCUACAAAGAUAUGUUUUUGGACUCUAAUUUCACAGACACAGAAAGUAGAGACCAUGGAGCCUAUUGGUUCAAAAAGGCAUUUGAAUCUGAGCCAACACUACAGUCAGGAAUUAAUUAUGCGGUCCUCCUCCUGGCAACUGGGCAACAGUUUGAAUCUUCCUUUGAGCUCCGGAAAGUUGGUGUGAAGCUAAGCAGCCUUCUUGGUAAAAAGGGAAACCUGGAAAAACUCCAGAGCUACUGGGAAGUUGGAUUUUUUCUGGGGGCCAGCGUCCUGGCCAAUGACCACAUGAGAGUCAUUCAAGCGUCGGAAAAGCUUUUUAAACUAAAGACACCAGCAUGGUACCUCAAGUCUAUUGUAGAGACAAUUUUGAUAUACAAGCAUUUUGCAAAACUGACUACAGAACAGCCUGUGGCCAAGCAGGAACUCGUGGACUUCUGGAUGGAUUUCCUGGUCGAGGCCACAAAGACAGAUGUUACUGUAGUUAGGUUUCCUGUAUUAAUAUUAGAACCAACCAAGAUCUACCAACCUUCUUAUUUGUCUAUCAACAACGAAGUCGAGGAAAAGACAAUAUCGAUUUGGCAUGUGCUUCCUGAUGACAAGAAAGGUAUACAUGAGUGGAAUUUUAGUGCCUCUUCUGUCAGAGGAGUGAGUAUUUCUAAAUUUGAAGAACGAUGCUGUUUUCUUUAUGUGCUUCAUAAUUCUGACGAUUUCCAAAUCUACUUCUGUACAGAACUUCACUGUAAAAAGUUUUUUGAAAUGGUGAAUACCAUUACUGAAGAGAAGGGGAGAGGCGCUGAGGAAGGGGAUUGUGAAAGUGACUCUCUGGAGUAUGACUAUGAAUAUGAUGAAAAUGGUGACAGAGUUGUUUUAGGAAAAGGCACUUACGGCAUAGUCUAUGCAGGUCGAGACUUGAGCAACCAAGUCAGAAUUGCCAUUAAGGAGAUCCCAGAGAGAGAUAGCAGAUACUCCCAGCCGCUACAUGAAGAAAUAGCAUUGCAUAAGCACCUGAAACACAAAAAUAUUGUCCAGUAUCUGGGCUCUUUUAGUGAGAAUGGCUUUAUUAAAAUUUUCAUGGAGCAGGUUCCAGGAGGAAGUCUUUCUGCUCUCCUUCGUUCCAAAUGGGGCCCAUUAAAAGACAAUGAGCAAACAAUUGGCUUUUAUACAAAGCAAAUACUUGAAGGAUUAAAAUACCUCCAUGACAAUCAGAUAGUUCACCGGGAUAUAAAGGGUGACAAUGUGUUGAUUAAUACCUAUAGUGGUGUUCUCAAGAUCUCCGACUUCGGGACAUCAAAGAGGUUGGCUGGCAUAAAUCCAUGUACUGAAACUUUCACUGGUACCCUUCAGUACAUGGCACCAGAAAUAAUAGAUAAAGGGCCAAGAGGCUACGGAAAAGCAGCAGACAUCUGGUCUUUGGGCUGCACUAUCAUUGAAAUGGCCACAGGAAAACCACCCUUUUAUGAACUGGGAGAACCACAAGCAGCUAUGUUCAAGGUGGGAAUGUUUAAGGUCCACCCGGAGAUUCCUGAGUCCAUGUCAGCAGAGGCUAAGGCAUUCAUACUGAAGUGUUUUGAACCAGAUCCAGACAAGAGAGCGUGUGCUAACGACUUGCUGAUUGAUGAGUUCUUAAAAGUGUCAAGCAAAAAGAAAAAAAUACAAGCUAAGCUUUCAGCUCUUUCAGCUGGAUCAAAUGAAUAUCUCAGGAGUAUAUCCCUACCGGUACCUGUCCUGGUCGAGGAUACGAGCAGCAGUAGUGAAUACGGCUCCGUUUCGCCCGAUACUGAGUUAAAGGUGGACCCCUUCUCUUUCAAAACUAGACCCAAAUCCUGUGGAGAAAAAGACGUAAAAGGAAUACGGACACUCUUUUUGGGCAUUCCAGAUGAAAAUUUUGAAGAUCACAGUGCUCCACCUUCCCCUGAAGAAAAAGAUUCUGGAUUCUUUCUGUUGAGGAAGGACAGUGAAAGAAGAGCUACCCUUCACAGGAUCCUAACAGAAGACCAAGACAAAAUCGUGAGAAACUUAAUGGAAUCUUUAGUUCAGGGAGCUGAAGAGCCUAAACUAAAGUGGGAACACAUCACAACCCUCGUUGCAAGCCUCAGAGAAUUCGUGAGAUCCACUGACCGGAAAAUCAUCGCCACCACUCUGUCAAAGUUGAAGCUGGAGCUAGACUUCGACAGCCAUGGUAUCAGUCAAGUUCAAGUGGUUCUCUUUGGUUUUCAAGAUGCUGUCAAUAAAGUUCUUCGGAAUCAUAACAUCAAGCCACACUGGAUGUUUGCCUUGGACAGUAUCAUCCGGAAGGCGGUGCAGACAGCCAUUACCAUCCUGGUACCAGAACUGAGGCCACAUUUUAGCCUUGCGUCGGAGAGCGAUACCGCUGAUCAAGAAGACUUGGACGUAGAAGAGGACCAUGAGGAACAGCCUUCAAAUCAAACUGUCAGGAGACCUCAUGCCGUCAUCGAAGAUGCCGUGGCUACCUCGGGGGUGAGCACGCUCAGCUCUACUGUGUCCCACGACUCCCAGAAUGCUCACCGGUCACUGAACGUACAGCUUGGAAGGAUGAAAAUAGAAACUAAUAGAUUACUGGAAGAAUUGGUUCAGAAAGAGAAAGAAUUACAAGCACUCCUUCAUCAAGCUAUUGAAGAAAAAGACCAAGAAAUUAAACACCUGAAGUUGAAGUCCCAACCAAUAGAUAUUCCUGGAUUAUCUGUAUGUCACCUAAAUUCUCCCAGCACAAAUACUGAAGAUUCUGAACUUACUGACUGGCUGAGAGAAAAUGGAGCUGACGAAGACACUAUAAGCCGGUUUUUGGCUGAGGAUUAUACACUAGUGGACGUUCUCUACUACGUUACACGUGAUGAUUUAAAAUGCCUGAGACUGAGAGGCGGGAUGCUAUGCACACUCUGGAAGGCCAUCGUUGACUUUCGAGACAAACAGCCUUGACUGUCCCACAAUUUGUGUCCGAUCUUCGGUGGAGAUGCUGAAAGUGAAUACAGAACCGAUCUUCUUGGGGGAGGGGGAAAUUGAAGGGGUGGGAGAAAGAAGCUGCACUUUAAAUCCAGUAUUUGUUUACUAAUGCUGAAAAGAAAAGAAAGAAAUAGACAAAACACACUGAAAUUUCCUAACUCCUUUAAUUUUUUUUUAAUUUCUAUAAUUCAGAAGGACUCUCUUCAAAGAACGUUGAGGAUUAUUUUCAUCUAAACCUUUUUUACAUGGAAAUCUUUUUAACUCUGCAGCUAUUGCACUUCAGCCAAAUGUUUUAUUUCACACGAAACGGAUGGAACAUUUCAUGUGAUUGUGCAUCACUGGAACAAAACCAAAAUGUGACCAUAACUUUUUAGGCUUAUGUGUGUUUGUAAUAUGUCCUAAUAACCUGAGUAGGGAUGCAGAAUGUCAGUUCUUGUAUAAAGCUUUUUCUUUAAGUGUGCAGAAUCUGAGAGCAAUGGUUUUUACUUACCUGUAUUAAUUGUAAUAUGGACUGUAUUUUGUAACUUAAGUUUCUGGCCUAUAGGACAUGCGUUUGAGUUGUUUAUGUUACUACUGAACUGUACCAGUUGCACAUGCCUGAACCAUAGUAAUGUUAGCUUGUUCUAAAGCUAUCCAUUGUGUCAUAUAGCCUCUAAAAAGUAAAAAGACUCUCAACAUACUGUUUGGAUACAUUCUAAAGGAUUCUUAUUUUGUUUUGCCAAACUAGAUGAACUGGGUUGUCAAAUUUCUAGUCAUUUCUUCAGCUAUCACAUUAAGUAGAAUCUUUCAUCUAUUCAAGUAAUCAAAGAACAACUGAUAUCCAAGUUAUUCCUUAGAGCCACAGAGGGAUAAGAGAGAAGAUGAAGAAAACAGAAUAAAAGAAAGUCAGUGAAUUUUCCUCAAGGUUCUAAGUUACCUUGACUGACUACUGUGUAUCUUAAAGGAUUUGAAACACUGCAUUUUCUGUCUCUUUAAUUUUAGUUCUCAUAAUUGGGGGAGUUUUUUUUUUUUAAAGAAGAAUAUUAUAUUUUUAUGAGCCUGCCCAUGUGAAUUGGAUGAAGUCUGAAGCUUCUAGAUGGAUGAAUAAAAUUAGUAAAUUUCUUGAAUACAGGCAAACCUAUUUAUUAUAAAAAUACAGGAGAGAAAUAAUAUAGAGCUUGCUCAUGUAUCUUGACUUGACCCAUAUAUAACAGUCUUCGAUAAAACAGGAAUUAUCUUUGUGAAAAUCACGGUACGCUAUUACCCUAUAUUGCAUAUGAAGCAUUCUCACUAAUAUCUUCUCAUUUGUUACUUGUAGCAACAACAUAGCUGCGUUAUUUUUACAUUUUCAUCCCGAGGACAGGUAAUUGCUUCUUGCAUCCUGUGUUAAACUUUUGAAGGGGGCGAAAUGUAAUUUGAAUGAUUUGACUUAGACGGAAAUGAAGGAUAACUUCUGUAUGAAGCCACAGUUCAUCUCACCAACUCUAAUCGUUAAGUGCUUUUUUUGACUGUAAAUGGGGUCAGGCUACCCAUCUUCAAAGGAGCCCUGGUGGGUCAAUGGUUAAGAACUCUGCUGCUAACUGAAAGGUUGGUGGUUUGAACCCACCAAUAGCUCUGCUGGAGAAAGACCUGGUGAUCUGCUCCCGUAAAGAUUACAGCCUAGAAAACCCUAUGGGGCAGUUCUACUCUGUCAUAUAGGAUCGCUAUGAGUCAUAAUCCACUCAGUGGCACCUAACCACAACAGCCCAUCUUGAACCAAUUCUUCAAUGACACAGUCUUUCCUUGGGAUGGUCCUCCUACCCUGUCUUUGCAGGCAGAUGCUUCUCUAACCCCUGUUGCUUUAUAAUACAUUCCCAAGACAGCAUCACUGGGCUUUUGUCAGAAUUUUGAGUCUCAAUCACAGAAAAAGGCAGCUCUAUUAUGGCUCAAGGUUCAUGAAAGCUUUGCACUAGAGAGGCCUUUAGCAUCAAUCUGGGCCAGUGGUUUUCAACCCAACUUCACAUUAAAAUGACCUCAGUGCUUUUUAACAAAUAUUGAUGUCAGGACCCCAUCUUAGAGAAACUGUGCUUAUUGGUCUGGGUGGAGCCCAGGCAUCCUUUUUUUAAAAGCUCUACAGCGGAUUCCAUAUGAUCUAGUCCCACUUCCUUAUUUUAAAUGACACCUGGUGAGGGAAACGGUCCCUUCCCAUAAAGGUGGUGGUGAGAUGGUUACUAUUUACAGUUUCCAUUUAAUGUAGCCAGAGGCUACGCACAUUAGGCCUGGAGCAAAACUAUCACUUAACUUGUGACCUUGGGCAAAUUAAUUAUUCUCUCCAAGUCUCAGUUUCCUGAUCUGUGAAAAGGGCAAAAUAAUGUCCUUUCCUCAUAGGGCUGUUGUAAGAUUUAACUAACACAAUGCAGGUGAGGUGCUUAGUACAAUGCUUAGCAUAUAGUAAGCACUCAGAUGCUGCCCACUAUUGUCAUCAGUCAUUCAAAAGCAUUUAUUAAAUACUUACUGGAUACCAUACUACAUGUGGUGCAUGAACAAGACACAGUUCUUGUCCCUGAAGUUCAAUGUCAGAGGAGGAAUCAAGACAAUGCAGAAACUGUGUAGUAAAAUGCUAUGGUUAUUCCUAAUUGCUAGAAGGGGUCAAGCAAAGCUUUCCAGAGAAGUGAAGGUUCACAGCUGAGCAUGGAAAGAUGGUUUGGAACAGAACAGUUGUGCAGGGUGUUGGCAGCAUUCUUGAAUGAGAAACAAAACAGGCAUCUGCUAGGGGAGUAUAUAGGUCCAGUGUUUUCUUUUAACCUCAUUUUGAUCUCUUUCUCCAAAUUCUGUCAUUGCAUACUUUGUUUCAUUCAUUCCUAGGAAACCACAUAAAACAGUUGGCAACAAGGAAUCAUUGUUAACCCACUUGAGUGCCUACUUUGUGUGCGGCACUGUAGCAGCACUAGAGAUACACACGAUGCCCAUCAAGUCUGGAAUGCCGUCAGUCCACAUGAUGUCACUACCACCUGUAAACAAAUACAAUAAUUAAUUUUUCCAGAUUUCAUGGAAAAUUAAAGACAAAGCCCCUGCCACCAAGAAAUUUAUAUCAGGUUGAAGAGAGAAAUUUGCAAUAGUAAGUCAUGCCUAGUAUACGUUAAGGUCUGGGUGAGUGGUAAGCCCAACCCCUGGAAAGGUUCAGAGGACAGAGGACAGGCUUGUUGGGAGCCAGGGCAGGUGGAACAGACUUUACGCAGGAAGUUGUCACCUGAGCCUGCAACAAGUUAUUUAAUAAGUCAGGACAGGGGAAGUCACUUUGGGUAGAGAGCUCCAGGAACAAAGGCUAGAAAGCAGGGAUUUGCAAGGUGUCCUGGAGAAAAUGAACAACCCCAUUGAUAUGAGUUAUUUGAUUUGAAUUUUACUGAAAUAAAGUUGAUAGAUAACUUCUUUAUGAAGCCGGGUUAAGUGCUUCUUUUAGACUGUAAAUAGGGUCAGGUUUCCAGAGGUUGGGCUUGCCACUCACCCAGACCUUAACAUAUAUUUAUUGUUAGGUGCCAUCAAGUCGGUUCCGACUCAUAGCGACACUGUGUACAACAGAAUGAAACACUGCCCUGUCCUGCGCCAUCCUCACGAUCAUUGUUAUGCUUGAGCCCAUUGUUGCAGCCGCUGUGUCAAUACAUUAAUGGAUGUUUACAGCUGUUUCUUUUUCUGAGUUGUUGCAGCCGCUGUGUCAAUACAUUAAUGGAUGUUUACAGCUGUUUCUUUUUCUGAGUCUGAGUCGUGCCAUAUUGGCAAACAAAGGUCAGGAAAGCUUGACUCCAUCCACAUCAUUAAGGUCGACUCUACUCUGAGGAGGCAGCUCUUUUCCAGUUGUAUUUUGAGUGCCUUCCGACCUUAGGGACUCAUCUUCUGGCACUAUAUCAGACAAUGUUCUGCUGCUAUUCACAAGGUUUUCACUGGCCACUUUUUUCAGAAGUAGACUGCCAGGUCCUUCCUAAUGUA